AUGGCAUAUAUAACUACUACUCAGUAUAGUAUUGCUAUAAAUGGAGGACUGCAUGGGAGUAUAACAGAAAAAGGAGGUCUAAGACAGGGUGACCCCAUUUCACCUUUGCUAUUUGUGGUAUGCAUGGAGUACCUAACCAGAAUCUUGAAUAAAGUUGCUGAUAUGAGGAAGUUUGGUUAUCACACGAAAUGUAGGGGACUAAAACUGAAUCACUUAUGCUUUGCAGGUUUGAACACUAAUGCAGGAAAGUCCAAUAUUUUUAGUGCUAACAUGCCAAAACAAGAACGGGAAGAUUUAUGUGAGGCAACUGGAUAUCAGAAAGAGUCAUUGCCAUUUAGAUACUUGGGGGGUUCCAAUUUCAGCAAAGAAGUUAUCAAUCAUGGAUUGUGA